UGCUAACCUCUUUUGUCACAUUCGGACGGCUCCUGCCGCUCAGUCACCACGCACACUCCACCCAGCAUCUUGGGUUGGAAGGUUUACCAGCCCGACGCUGGCAUUUUUAGUUCUUCCAGUGCGAAUCAGCUGUAGUCUUGGGGAGGAAGGAAAGGCUGAUCUCAGAAGGAAAUCCUAACAGGGAAAGGGCCUGGCUGCUUUUGUUUUUCCUUACCUGCACCCAACAACGUUGACUUCCGGAGUCAGUCAUUUUGGUGUCAAGAAAUCCUACAACAGGUGACUAGGAGGCGGCUGUUCCACACACAGAUGAGCAGUUGGGAGCCGUUAACCCAGAACUCUCCUACCAGGGCCCAAGCUCCAAGAUGUGAAACAGAAUACGAGUGAAUCACUUUUGGGAGAGCACUGCCAAGCAUGACGGAGAGCUCACUUGUUUCUUCGAGCAUUAGUGGGAGGCUUCUUAUCUCUACACUUAGUUUCUGCUGAAGGCCAGACUUUGGAGCUUUUCAAAGUAGAUCGAGGUCUCUCUCAGAUGCAUGGAGAGAAGUAACAUUCUGCAAAUUGCUGUUGGAGACCCCGGAACGACAAACCUAUCUGGUUUCUAUUCCCUGUGUUGAAUGGCAUUUGCUUCUGCCAUUCAAGGAUUCUGAACGUGUAACGAGGGAUCCAGGCUGGGAAGAUGCUGAGUUCCAUCAAGUGUGUGCUGGUGGGAGACUCUGCUGUGGGGAAGACCUCCCUGUUGGUGCGCUUCACCUCAGAGACCUUCCCAGAGGCCUACAAGCCCACGGUGUAUGAGAACACGGGCGUGGAUGUCUUCAUGGAUGGCAUGCAGAUCAGCCUGGGUCUGUGGGACACAGCCGGCAAUGACGCCUUCAAAAGCAUCCGUCCCCUGUCCUACCAGCAGGCCGAUGUGGUGCUGAUGUGCUACUCUGUGGCCAACCAUAACUCUUUCCUGAACCUGAAGAACAAGUGGAUUGGCGAAGUCAGGAGCAACUUGCCCUGUACCCCCGUGCUGGUGGUGGCCACCCAGACUGACCAGCGGGAGAUGGGGACCCACAGGGCCUCCUGCAUCAGUGCCAUCGAUGGGAAGAGACUGGCCCAGGAUGUGAGAGCAAAGGGCUACCUGGAGUGCUCAGCCCUUAGCAAUCGGGGGGUGCAGCAGGUGUUUGAGUGUGCCGUCCGAACUGCCGUCAACCAAGCUCGGAGACGCAACCGGAGAAAGCUCUUCUCCAUUAACGAGUGCAAGAUCUUCUAACCUCCGAGAGACUUUGCCCAACGCUCAUUUACUCACCCACCUCAAAGCUCAUGGGGACAGGGAGAGCCAACAGCAAGGGCUGAUGCUCUUUCUGGGUCCAUCCCAAGCAGGGUUUGCUUUAGGAUAUAGUUUGUUGAUGGGACUUGGUCACUGGAUGGUUUCAUUAAGUACAUUCUGCAAAUGAACUCCUCGUCCAGUCCAACUAAGCAGUCUCUUGAGGAGCUGUAAUGAAUAUUCUAUCUCCGGUUAAAAAAACUAAAAUGGUCUCUAUAACUUUGGACAGUGAAGUGAGUUUUCCAAAGAAUCCUAUAUUUAAAGACAUGUUUUAUUUAAAUGAUAACAAAAUGUAGAGCUCUUGUACAUAACUAGUUUUCAUGCUUGGGAACUCUUUUCCUACAGACUCACAAAACACACCCUGGUGUAUGUGUGAAAUGACCUUACAGGACUCUGCCGUAUGUUCGGAGUGUUAUUUUCACCUGAAGUAGUAACUUCGUUGAAGCCACUUGCCUACCUGAUUUUACUAGGUGAUCAAAUUUUAAAAGGACUACCAACCGAUCCUUGCUAUUAGUUUCCCACCCAGCUGUUAACCAAUUUGUAUAUCAAAGACAUUCGAUAACAUAUGCUACUUUAAUACUGCCUAAUGAUUUUAAACAGUUAUCUGUCUAUUUUCCUGUAAUUAUAUAUAAAAAAGCAUUUCUUAUUUAUGAUACUACCUUUCACUCAGCGAACUCCCAUUAUGCACUAAGUAUUCCUCUUUCAUUUACCAAAACGGAUGAAAGGAAAACCUUUUGGGUAGGGAAUCUGACUGCUCCAAGUAAUAGCAGCAGAGCUCGGAACAGGAUUUAAAAAUCUCACUUUCCUUUGGGAACCGCUGCACUUUGCCUGGGUUUUCCAACACUGGCUCCCGCCCGGUUGCAGGCCUUGGGAAUGAGAGCAGGCUCAGUGUUCUGUAUGCUGGUAAUCUGGGGAAUUUGUUACUUGAGCUCUUAACUGACCUGGAAGGGCAACUAUAAUUUAUUAAUUUUAGGAUCUAAUCAGAGUAAUUAUUAAGGUGUCUAUGUACAUAUGUGUGUGUGUAAAGGAACACAGGUACACCUUACAGCUUUUACCGUUUCAUCAAUGUGAAGCACCAGAGUAAAAUAAAACCAAAAAAAACCCCAAAACAAAUUCCAAGCACAGGGAACAGGAAAACUGUAUAGCAAAUUUUCAGAUAACAAAAUCUUAUCAGGGAAAGUCCUGAAUAAUGACUCCCACCUCAAACCGCAUUCUAUCUAAAUAGUUUAAAAACAAUGGCAUCAAUCAUCUGUUAAAGCUGAGAACAGAAGACCGUGUUACUUGAGGAAGAAAUAGCAAAUGCUGGCACCGGAUACAUCAUUUACUCACCUAAUCCACUAAGACUCAGGACCACUCUGGACCACGUUUAUUAAAGUGCAUCAUUGUUAUGUUAUAAUGUGACCAUUAGAUACAAAUGGUAAGGCACUUGGCGUAAAUGACUAUGAUUAAACUUAUGUUGACAUAACCAUGCCAAUUGUUCAGUUUCCUUAUGUGGUCAAGUCUUUAUAGCUAUAAUCAGUGUUAAAAUCAAAUGUGUGCUCAUCUCCACACUUUUUCCCUUCUCUCUCUCAUCUGCAUCCAGUAAAAGGCCCGGAACCUGGAUCUUAGUCUUUGGGGCCGAGGUUCCCUCAGUUCCCGGGGCUGAUGUAUCUGCUUCCACCCAGCCUUCUCUAGUCCUCCAGUCCUGUGGCUCGUCCUUGCCUCUGUGUCACCUGUGUCCCUUGACUUGAGAACCCCUGUAUCCAGCUCUCUGUAUUGCACGUCCGAGGGUUGGAGGGCUUAAACCUGACCAGGCUGGGGAGGCGAUGGGAGCUCACCUUUAGUAUCCCUGUUGGUCCUUGUCCUUCUCAUCACUGGUCUUAUAUAACGCACACAGAUUCGCCUUCAGGACCGGUCUUUAGGGUGGAGACCAUGUAGCUUGUUAGCAGGAGUGAAUCUGUAUUCACUAAAAUGGGCUUUCCCCAAGCUUUCCUUCCUUUGUUGUUGAAGGGAGAUGAGGGCAGGGGUACCUCUGAAAUGGGAAAGCCCAGUGAGGGAAGAGGAGGUGAUUCCAUUUCACAGGAGGAAGGAAAGGCCAGGGAAGGCAUAGUCACCUGGAAAGACACACCAAUGAGCCUUCUGCCUGCUGGCAGGAGCGAAGCCUAAAGGAUCUCCCUGAGAACCCUCACACUGAGAACAAGAAUCUGUGUGUAAACCUUCCCCAGCGAUGAGACCUGGCAGAAAUCGAGGCUCAUGGGUGUCUGUUUCCCCUACCAGACUGUAUGUUCUUAAAGGCAGAGCCACCUCCUAUGUGUCUCGAUGCCCCCAGGGCCAGCACCGAGAAGACACCGUAGCCAAACAAACUUGUGUUGAAUUGGAGAGGGGAAAGGCAUGGGGCUGCUGUGUCGCAAAGUGGGUAUGGGAAGGAAGCAGACCCCCGCUGGCCUUGCAGGGCUAAGAAGUGAAAGUAGGUCAUUUUUGUUGGAAUCCAUGUAAUGUAAGUUCUCCAUGAGCAUAUACUUAUGUUUGCCUGCCUGAACUCAGGCUCACGUUUCUUACACUUCAACACUUGCAUGACCUUGCUGUAGGCUGGAGUAUGUUGAUUCUUAACUAUUGCAAGUGGCAACAUUAAAUAGCUCUUAGUUUACAAUAAAGAGCUGAUUGGCGUGGUUGAGUUAGUCAUCCUCUCCUUUUCCCCUUUAUACUGACUAUAAAUGGGCAGCAGAAUCUAGUGUGAUGAAAUCAGGCUGAAUGAUGAGAGACUUGAGAGCACCCUAACCAUUACUGUUUGCCGAGUGCUUCGAGUGGGCCAGCGCUGUGCUCAGCACUAGGGAGCGCAUCGUGUCACCACGUGGUGUGUAGGUGGCCGCUCUAUAAUGAGGCUGGGCCCACUGACGUGACAAGUCCAGGCCAUACAGCAGCUGAGCGGCAGCACCAGGACAGGAGCAGGUCUGUCUGUCUCCAAAGCUCUGCUCAGAGCCGCUGUGCCCCACUUCCUCCCAGAGCAGCCCGGCUACAUGUCUUUGCCACAUCCGAUCUCAUGCAGCCUGUCGGCCUCAACCCACCAGUCAAGUGGCCUAUCUUUUAAAAUUACUUUUAAUAACAGAUCCCAAGUCUGAACUUAGUCCUCCCCUUUUCUUUCUGGCAAUGAGAACAGGACCUCUCUGAGUCACAGGGCCCCAUAUUGGCCAAGGUCCCUGACCCAGCCCUUGGCUUUUUACAU